AUGCGUCGCAUGGGAUUCGAACCUGAGCCCUUGCCAACACCGCUGCCAGAAGAUUACCCCAACAACACCUUGCUGUACCGAGACCUCUGCUCUAGCGUCUGGAAGCUCCGACGGAAGGAUUUACCGAUGUACCCACACUCGCUCGUUACAGCUGCCAGUGGUAUUCCACCCUCUCGCGGUGAUCCGCCUUGA